AUGCCCAAGACGGCAGGCAAAGGCAAGAGUUCGGCCACUCCUGCCACUCGGAAAAAAAAUGAGAGGGCAGCGUUGAAGAAGCAGGGCAUUGAUCCUGACACUGUCGGAAAGGGCAAAGGAUCCAAAGGUGGUUCGCAACAGCAAAGGGGUCAGAAGAAGAAGAAGAAUCAAAAGAAGAUGUUUGUUCCUCCUCCUAAACCUCCCCCGCCUCCUCCAGAUCCUUUGGACGACAUGGGACUGGCCAGCUUGUUGCCUGCUGGGUUGGUCGUCUUGCUGAGAAGAGCCAGCAAGAAGGACGUGAUUACGAGGACGAGAGCUUGCGAGGCUCUGCUUUCUUGGGUCAGAGGUAGCGAUGAGGAAGGCAUCACUGCUAGCGAUGACGAGAGGAGAGAGGCAGAAGUGACGUGGUUGCCCUGCUGGGCGCAUUUGUUUCCAAGACUGUCUAUAUCGCCUACGAGGAGAUUGCGAUCAUUAGCAGCAAGCAUACAUGCCGUCCUGCUUACACAGGGCCAUACCAGAGCCGAGAUGCUCAAUACACCAGCAUACGUAGAGUCAACACUCGGACCUCUGGUAGUGUUGGCGCACGACACAGAUCGUGGCGUCGCAAGGGGGGCCAAGACGGCCUUGGAAGGCUUUGUGCAAUGGACCAUGGCCACUGCGGAUCAACGAUUGGACGCUAGGGAGCAGCUUUACACCCUCUUGCCACAUUUGCGUCUCCUCUUGUUGAGCCCUUCUCCUGCUGCCGCUCUCCGCGAGACUGCUCCAGCAGCCAACAGCAACAAUGCGAGCGGCGCGGGUACCCCGGUACCGCAUGCCCCUGUUCGCUUCGACUCGGGUCUCGCCCGAGACGCCAAGGCUCGGGAUGAUGCAAACGUCGAGGAAGAUAUCAGAGCGACGGAUGGCAGAUUAGCCGCGGGAGCUGCGGGAGCGUUAGCUUGGGUCGUUUCUUCUCAUCCGGCACCACUUCCUAUGGAGCAGUUUGAAGAGCUUUUGACCUCUGCGGAAAUGUGGUCUCUCUUGACACCUCCUGACAUCGUCAAAUUGGAAUCGCCCGCACCUCCUGCCCCAGCUCCUGAGGCCGUGAAGGCCAAGCGCAACAAGAAACGGCCUCCCUCGCCUCCCCCUCCACCACCUCUGCCUCCCAUCGGAUCGGAAACGCCCUUGGCCAGAGCCCGAGCAUGGUCGCUCGUUUCAUCACUGGUCAAUUCUGGAACACCCGCGUUGCUAGAUGCUGCUCUGCCCGUAUUUGCGCCGCUCGCCAUGCCAGCGUUCUGGGCCGAGCGCGAUGCUACGUGCGCGAGAGCUGCGAUUGAUGCGCUUUUACCGCUCCUCAAGCUUAAGCCGGAGACUUGGGAGCUUGCUGGUGUGGAAGAAGGAGCGGACGAAGCAGCAGCAGGGGGAACUGCUUACGAGAGCCAGUCACUCGAAAAGCCGAAGAAUGAUGAUCGAAACAGGUCUGAUCUCGAGAGAAGUGUGGCGCCGCCGGCGCGCUCUACUCCCGUGCCUGGUGAGGUCGAGGCAGCAAGCGAUUCCGAUUCUGACGCAGAAGACGAAGUCUCUGCAGCUUCAGAUUCGGAAGAGGAAGAAGAUGAUUCUGACGACGGGGAUGAAGACGAUGAGGACGACGAGGCGAAAGGCCGUCCUGUGGCCACGAUCUCCGCAGUUGCUGGCGAGUUGAGAGGGCUGCUGCGUUGGCUUUCGUCAGCCUGUGCGGGAUUGCCCUCCCUGGCGUACCCAGCGGUAGUCGUGCUGAUUUCGGGCAUUCCAGCCAAGCUGCUUCCGCCCACUUUUCAAGCGUCAGAGGCUUUGCUGCAGGUACACUGGUCAGGUCUGACCUCUCGCGCAGGCGCCGAUCCCCAGGCUCUUCGGGCGUUCGUAGCCAGCUACUGCGAAUGCGCUGCGUUCCUUGCGGGCAGAAUGUUCCGCGCCGGCGAUGACACCGCUCGGUCACAAGCGGCAGACUUUGCUGACUGGUCUUUAGCUAGACCUUGGAACGCUUUCGUGAUGGGCGAUGAGGGGGAGACGCUGGCUAGUGACCCGGCCAACGUUCCGCUUCGAGCGCGAGCAGCUCUGGAGCCUGCUCAGCCAUUCUCUGGAGCAGUCAGAAGGCUUGCUGCAUUCAGCGAAGACUUGUACUUGGUCAAGGCCAUCCUCGCUCGCUCAAGAGCUAGCUUGCAUGCCCUUGCCAAGCAGGGCACCAGCUCGCUGGCUUUAUCACGAGCUGUGCGGACUCUUGCUGCGAUCGGCGCUUCUGGAGCACCUAAUGGCCUCGACAAUGCCGUCAGAGAGCUUGUCUUGGACUCCACCGGUACUGCCGCAAAUGUUCUUUGCGCGUCGACAGAGGAGGCUUCGAUCGCACCACUGGUCAGCCUCAUUGGCUCCCUCCUGCACACUUUCCCAGAAGCGCACGUCAAUGCUGAGGAGGGCAUAGCGAAUGCGUUGGCAUCGGCUGCACGAAACGUCUUGCCUCAAGCUUUGCGCGAUGCCCAUGUGCCGGGCGCCGCAGCGGCAAACUUCUACGCAUCUUACUUGCCCCUGGUUCAAGAUGCCAACGAGCGCGGAGAAGUCUGGACCAACGCCUUGGAGUCGAUCAGUUCGCCUGCUGGUUUGGAUGCUGAGGCUUUGGAAGCCCUGUUCUCUGCCGCGGAAACACUGUCUGCUUCCUUACUCAGCGAGGAGAAUGUGACCAGCGCGCGUUUGGAUGAACAAGUGCUUACACUCGGCACGGCCGUGUUCAACGGCACCGAGCAACCAAGUGGAAGUGAAAGAGCUGUGCUGUCCAGAUUACUGGAUCGACCUCUACCAUUCGUGACGCAGGCAACCUCUAAUGCUCUCCUUGGUCUCUUGGUCCAAGCAUUGGGUUCCCAAAGUACCAACGAAGAGAGCAAGCGGCACGCAUCUACGCUGCUUGCUCUUCUGGAAGCCUGGUGCACGACGCGAGAAAGACUGCAAAAGCUGGUGUCCGAUCCCACACUACGCCCCGCAUCAGCUGCCGUCUUCUGCUUGGCACAUCUCGAGCCCUCGCCAGAAUAUGGAACGGCAGCAACGCGUCUUUGGAAUGCCUUGGCAGCUGAGCCUACCGCCGGUGUCGCUGCUGUAGCGCUUCUGCGAGAGCGCAUCCUGCAGCCUGAAACAUCACUGAGAGCAUUGUUGCGAGCUGGUGAGGCAUUGCCACCCACAGCGGACGGCAGCUCUCUUCUGCUAUCUGAAGCGGAGCUGGCAAGCUUUUUCACAGAGGCUUGCGCCUCUCGGCCAAGGUCCGAGCUUGCCGUGCUCGACCCGCUUGUGCCUUAUGGCAAGGCCGACGACAUCAAUUCGAAGGCGGCGACAGAAGGCAAGCAAGAGUACGACGCAGCCGGACUGUCGACAUACGCUCGCGCUGUAGCUGUCAUGAUCCAAGUUCUUUCAAAGGCCGGCAAGGGGGCUCGCGCCACUCCUUGGGCUCUGCCGCAUCUCAUCCUCUUCGCGAUCGCUGCGGAAGAUGCCACGUCUUUGCAUGCUGCAUCGCCCUUCUUCUUCGCCCCCGGCGCUCACACCCAAGCUCUUGCCAAGUAUGCUACAGAUGCUGUCAACGUAGCUACCGCCAUGAUAUCUGGCUUGGCUGGCGAUCUGGAUGACCAUUGGCACUUGGGGACAACGGAUGCACUCCGCAAGCCUUCCGCAGCUCCUGAGGGACUUGCUGCUGCCCUGCAUUCGUUGUGGUAUCGCAACGAAAGCCAGGCGGCUCGAGUCCUGUCGAGGCUUCUAGCAGGUAUCCUUAGCUUCAGUGCUGCGACGGAGGCUGCGGGAACAGCCUGGUUGCGUCUGGCGCAAGGAGCGACUGACUCCAAGCUUUCAUCUGCAGCUGCUGUUCUCAAAGUCGUCAAGCCGCUCGUGCUUUCCUCGCCAGUCUACGAGCGAGUGAGGAAUGAGCUGGCGGCUCGCCUUGCUGGCAUUCCACCCACGCGUGUGGAGAAGGAGGGACUGCCGCUUCUUCGACUCCUACUGGCUGCUGCACCGCCAGAGGACGCGCCGGUCGCUUUGGUGCCGCAGCAGCGCGCCAUCUUCCUGCUACAAGCGGUGCAGAAAUGGUACGCUUCAGAGGAGGCCGAGCUCGGAGACGAAUCGUUUGUGCGAUUAUCACAAAUCUUUUCCGAACUGCUUCCGAUUGUGGACAACAUGCCCGGCUCCCACCUCGAGCUCAUUUUGGACGUGCUCGAGGCGCAGCUGGAGGCGGGUGGCUGGACUGCGGACGGACUGCCAACGACACAAGCUGCCCUGCGACUUUUGGAGCAGGUUCAGCAACGAGCAGCGCGGGCGCAAGCGCUGCGGGAAGUUUGGAACGCAAGACAAGCGGAUGUGCUGAGCAUGUUGAGGCCGUUGUUCCUGGACCAACCGCUAGAGUCGGGCAUCAACGUUCCUUUGUCCGAGACGACUGCUUUGCUUGCCAGGCUAGUGCGUAGGUUGCCGGACUCGGCAUUCAAGCAGGAAGGCGACGAGACGCGCUUGACUACUCUGCUGCAAGCGCCCGACAGACGAGUGCAGCUGACCGCUUAUCGACGAUUGGCGACUUUUGUGAGAUCACGAGUCAGCGACCUGGUCGUGGAGGCGGCAGUGGACCCGACACACGCCGGCAAGGCAGCCGCGCUAUCCGCACAGCUGACCCAACAAUGUAGCAGUGCACCAGGUGCCGGUCUCCCCAUCGCGGACAUCGGUCGCUAUGCAGAGGAGGCCGUGGAAGAACCUCAGACGACUUUGGCUUUCUUCCUGAGUUGGCUUGCUCUCUUUGAGCAUUUCGAAGAGGCUAGCCUGGCGCUCAAAAGCGCUUUUGCGGCUCAAAUUGAGCAGAUGGAACUUCUUUCCACUGGCUUCCUACCUACUACCUUCGGACUGAUGCUUCGCAAGGGGUCGACUGGAAGACCUUGGGACCCGCGUGGCUGGGCUCUAGACGAAGUCUUCCUUGAUGAUGUGGAUCCAUAUGCACCUGGCACACUCCAGCUCCUUGCUGGCCACCUGUUCCACAGAGCGUUGGGGCAUCUCGCCGUAGGCGUGCGGAAUUACGUCAUGUCGAUGCGCGACAGGGCAUUGUCCAGCUCCAUCACUUCUCUCACAACGCGACACUUUUCUCCUGUGUUGGCUGGGGCCGAGCUGGCUCACCUUCGAUCAGGCGAUGCGCGAUCAACGCUCGAAGGAGAAGGUCUCAGCAUCAAGAUCACCACUGCCAAUGAAGUCGUCGCUACCUAUACGGUGGACGAGCAAGACAUGCAGAUUGGUGUCUCUUUCCCCAACGACUUUCCGUUGCAUGGUGUAGAGGUGCGAGAUAUCAAACGUGUUGGGGUCAGCGAGGCGAGAUGGCGUUCCUGGCUGCUUGCGACGCAGCAGCUUUUGACUGGCAAGAAUGGUCUGGUCUUUGAUGCACUCUUGCUUUUCAAGCGCAAUGCCGAAGCGAUGUUUGCAGGCUACGAAGGCUCCGAAUGCGCAAUCUGUUACAGCAUCAUCGGUGGAGAAUCUGGCUCGUUGAUGUUACCGACGAAAAAGUGCGCAACUUGCAAAAAGCCCUUCCACAGCAGUUGCCUUCUUAGAUGGAGCUUGACAAGCGGCUCUAGCACAUGCCCAAUGUGCCGCUCCAUCUUAUAA